UAUAAGUUCUGUGCUUGCGACAUUUUUUCACAGAUUCUGUAAUCUGUGCAUUUUUUCAACUUCUUGAUGUUUUUGCUGGAUUAACUUGAGAGUUCAUAAAUUUAAUAUUUCCAACUAGUAUUGACCUAAAAAAAAUAGAAGAAAACAAACAAUGGAGUCCAUAACUGUAACCAAAGAGUAGCAACUUUGUUACUUUUUGCUAUAACCUUAAUUUCCUGAGAAAAGAUGUCCUAUAUUUUUUCAAAACAACUAAGAGUAUUGCCGACUUGUUAGCGUCGUAUUCUGCGACAAAAAUUGUCUCAUAACAAGCACUCUACUUCAUGGACAAACUCAUUUCCUAAUACUGUAGAGAAUGAGAGGAGAAAAUCAAUAUGGAUGAACACAGUAUUUUAAUUAAGGAAGAGGUGCAUAAAGACUAUGAUGAUGUUGAGUCGGAGGAGAAAUCAGGAAUUAUGGAACAAUUCAUGAAUAAAAGAGAAGAAUAUAUAAUCAAGAAUGAAGGGACCUACUCAAAUUCAGUAGCUGCAGAAGUCGAUAUGAAUCAACCUGUAUCAUCUAGUCUGAAAGAUUAUAAGAAGUGGCAUGCUAAAUCUCCCCGUUCAAGUAUCAAAAAUCACCAGUGUCUUCUAUGUGAAUACGUUGCAAGUAGAAAAAAUACUCUUCAGAGGCAUUUUGACUCUGUUCAUUUAAAAGUGAAGAAACACAAGUGUCACCUAUGCGAAUAUUCUGCGAGUGAGAAAAUUAAACUUGAUUUUCACAUAAAAGCCGUUCAUUUGAAAGUUAAGGAACACAAGUGUCACUUAUGUGAAUAUGCUGCUAGUGUGAAAAGUAACCUUGAAGUACAUGUAAAAGCCGUUCAUUUAAAAAUUAAGGAGCACAAGUGUCACUUAUGCGAAUAUGCUGCAGCCGAGAAGAAACUGCUCGAAUUACACAUAAAAUCUUUUCAUUUGAAAAUUAAAGAUUACAGGUGCCACUUGUGUGAAUAUAAUUCGUGUGUGAAAGGUAAAAUUGAUGAACAUAUAAAAUUUGUUCAUUUGAAAAUUAAAGAUCAUAAGUGUCAUCUAUGUGAGUAUGUCACGAGUAGAAAACUUCAUCUUCAGAAUCAUGUCGAUUCUGUUCAUUUGAAUAUCAAGAAACACAAGUGUCAGUGGUGCGAUUAUGCUACAAACGAACCGGGUAAUUUACAAAAGCAUUUGAAAUCCGUUCAUUUAACUAUUAAGAAACACUUGAACAAUUAAUUAUAAUUUGUUUUUAUAAAUUUCUCUAGUUGUAUCAGAGUAUUGAAGUAUGAUAGGCAUAUUUAGGGUCAAAUGUA